CAGGUUUCAGGAGGCAGCGCCGUUAGAUAAUCGCGUUUAUUCUCUGCUCGACAGCGGCGGACGGAGGGACGGACGGAGGGACGGAGGGAUCCGGAGCAGACGAGCUGAGGAAGAAGAAGGAGACAUCAUCAUUUCAUCCCAUUUAAUCCACGAGAGGAGGAGCAGACACACAUGAAGGCUGCAAAGUUCAGAGAGGAGCUGUAAACUGUCACAUUACUCCUCUUCCUCCUCCUGGAACAAACGAUGGAUCAAUUAGUGAGGAGCGCCUUAAUUACAGCAACAGAUGAGAAGAUGCGGAGGAGACAUUAAACACCUGUGAGCUUCUCCGUGGAUCCUCCUGCUGACCUCCUGUCACCCGGACAUACAAAUACAUCUUCUAUCCCGUCACACAUCCUGAAGCCAGCAUGCCCAUCAUCAGUAAUGCCAACCACGACUUCAGCACCUACUCCGUCAGCAGUGACGACAGCAGCCUCGACCGCUUCUUCACCGAGAUCCCGGAGACCGAGACCAUCAAGGGCGUUUACUUCCAGCGAGCCCAGCUUCUUCGUGACCCCAAGGCCUCGUAUGUGGUCGACCACACCCUGCAGGUUCUCAUCAAUGUUGGUGGCAAUCGGUACACCUUCCCCUGGAGCACCUUGGAGCAGUUCCCCCAGAGUCGUCUGGGACGUCUUCGGUUCUGCACCACCCCCGAGGAGAUCGCACGACUCUGCGACGACUACGACGAGACGUGCCAGGAGUAUUUCUUCGACCGGAACCCGACAGCCUUCAGGGUCAUCCUCAACUUCCUGGCUGCAGGUAAACUGCGUCUGCUUCGGGAACUGUGCGCCGUGUCGCUGCACGAUGAGCUCGACUACUGGGGCGUGGACCCGGGACACAUGGAGCGCUGUUGCCGCCGCCGCAUGAUCACCCGUGUGGAGGAGGUGGCCGAGCGAGAGCGCAAAGAAGAGGAGUGGAGGCAGAAGAGGGUGCAGCAAAAGAAAAGCACCGCUCAGGUUGAGAAGGGCUACCGCAGAAUGAUCUGGGUUCUGCGGGAAGUCGUGGAAAACCCUCAGUCGGGGUUAGCCGGGAAGACGUUCGCCUGCCUCUCUGUCGUCAUGGUGAUGGUCACCGUCAUCAGCCUGUGCAUUAGCACCAUGCCAGACCUCAGAGAUGAAGAGACCAGGGGCGAGUGCUCCCAGAAGUGUCAGAGCAUGUUCGUGGUGGAGUCCAUCUGCGUGGCGUGGUUCACUCUGGAGUUUGUGCUGCGGUUCGUCAACGCUCAGAGCAAGCUGGCCUUCGCUCGCGGGCCCCUCAACAUCAUCGACGCCAUCGCCAUCCUGCCGUACUACGUGUCCUUGGUGGUCGACGUGAGAGACGAGUCGCACGAUGAUGUCAUCAUGGGCGCGGGCAGAGGUUAUCUGGACAAACUGAGUCUGAUCCUGCGCCUGUUGCGUGCCCUGCGGAUCCUGUACGUGAUGCGGCUCGCUCGCCACUCGCUGGGCCUGCAGACUUUAGGACUGACCAUGCAGCGCAGCAUGAGGGAGUUCGGCCUGCUGCUGCUGUUUGUCUGCGUGGCCGUGGCGCUCUUCUCGCCUCUGGUUCAUCUAGCGGAGAGCGAGCUGGCGCCGCUCGCCGCCACGCACCCGCACCACAGCUUCAGCAGCAUCCCGGCCUCGUACUGGUGGGCCAUCAUCUCGAUGACCACGGUGGGCUACGGCGACAUGGUGCCACGCAGCAUCCCUGGACAGAUAGUCGCACUGACCAGCAUCCUCAGUGGCAUCCUCAUCAUGGCGUUCCCUGCCACCUCCAUCUUCCACACCUUCUCCCGCUCUUACCAGGAGCUCAAGCAGGAGUACGAGCGGCUGUGGAAGGCGGAGCUAGAAGAGGAGGCUGCAGAGUCGGAGGAGAGCUUGCCCAAAGUCGAGUUGUCACAGGAUGAGCUCGCGUUGGUGUCGAAGGAAGACAACGACGGGCUGAUGUCGGGCAAGAAUCAUCAAUCCACGCUUCCAUCUACGGCUUUCUAACAGAGCGGGAAGAGAGCAGUCGGACAUUUUCACUCAAUAAUUAAAUGUUAAUAAUGGUGACACUUGAGAACAUACAAUAUCUAUAUACUGUAGGUACAUUUAGACUCCAAAAGACUGUUAUAUCAUGGACAGUGUCUAUUCACGCUUUAAGCUUUCACCAAAAUAUCUCGUACUUCAGGUUAUAUCGAGCUUCUACACACUGAUUAUUACUCAAAGCUGCACUGAGGUUUGAAUUCUCCUCGCUUUUUGUGCACGAAAAUAUAAACUAUAAUCUCACUUCCUGUGCACAUUUUUCCAUUUUUAAAAAGAGUUUACUGACUCUAAAUUCACGUACUUCCAGACUUAAAUGUGAUAUUUGAAGGUUCACAUAUAUUAUUUUUCAUAUUUUAUAUUUAUAUUUUGGUGGUCAAAUGUUGGCGCCAAUAAUCUGAUGGGUGGAAACUUGGCGAAGAAACUGCCGUACUCGAACUGAGACAAUACUAACCUGCUGAAAUUAGAGCACUACACCAGAAAGUACACAGUGUACUACACAGUGUACUAACAGAAGUAUCCGGAUACUGUAUGAGGUCAUUUCCCAGUGUUGGUAGGAGACACUCGUCAUGCUGUAAAACUUCGUUAAUACCUGAAUUUCUCAACAAGCGUCAGCGAUAACAAUCUGUCCCUUUACAACAUCCAAUAUUUGGAGUUUCCUGUUGUUUUGUUCCAUUUUAGUAUAAAUCAGCCAUCAGUUUGUGGACAAACCAUUUGUGAAGCAUUAUGGACAUCGCAUCUUGAUUUUUUGGAGCCAGAAGUGACCAUAUUUGGAUAAGAGCGUGGAGCUGGUUCUGGCUUUAUCGUCUGUUUUGCUCUAAAUGGGACUAUAAUUUACUAAAUGAACAUCAGACUGUGUGGAAGAAGACUAAAAGAUUGAAGAAACUGUUUACUGAGCUCAUAAAUCAACCGAGAAGUCGGCUCAUUUCUCCAUAAGGCUCUAUAUCUAUCUACUUAUUGUUGCAGCCAGUGCAGCAAAAAUAACGCAGGUUAACGAGACUUCACUGUCAGCAAGUGACGGCAAACACGUCUGUAAUCGUCUGUAACCUUGACGCUUUAGUCUGUGAUUCAAAUUACAACACAGGCUAACGUAAGUAAUGAAGUACUGGCUGUUUUUUUACCCGGCAACACAGAUAUUAUACACCAAUCAAAUAAUAGGACAUCAGAGCUGUUAUAAAUUAAUAAAGUUUAAAUUUCUGUUUUUUUCUAAUUUCACUUCUGACAUAAUAAGUACAAAAUUUUAAAAAACUGACCAAAGACAUACACAGCAUGCUGAAAACAUUCUUAUUUUUAUCACUACAGACCAAUUUUACAGCACAAAGAAAACAAACUACAUUUCGACUUGGAGAUUAAAUGAGUCUGGUAAACUGUGAAGGCAGAUAAACAAACAAACAAACAAAAAAGGCAGCAGGACAGAAAAAAAAUCAAUUAAUAGCAACAACUAAACUAAACACAGACGAGAGAUUCACUUCAUCCUGUUCAUAGCUUCGCUGUUUGUUUUGUCCCGGGGUUGGGAUUUUUCGAUCACAGUGUCCUCGAAUGCACCGUCGAGUUGCAUUAGUCAGGCACGGUAUUGGUUGAAGAUGCAGUUACAC